UGGUCUCCCCGGACCCUGCAUCCACUAUAUCUGGUCUCCACGGACCCUGCAUUCACUAUAUCUGGUCUCCCCGGACCCUGCAUCCACUAUAUCCGGUCUCCCCGGACCCUAUAUUCACUAUAUCCAGUCUCCCCAGACCCUGCAUUCACUAUAUCCGGUCUCCCCGGACCCUGCAUUCACUAUAUCCGGUCUCCCCAGACCCAGCAUUCACUAUAUCUGGUCUCCCACAGUACACAGAACAUAGAAAUGCACUCUCCCAAGAAAACAAAAAAAACUAUCAAUACACACCAAACUGAGCAUGUGCAAAUGCCUACGGUGCACCCUGGAGAUAAG